CAAAUUCUCCCAAAUCCAUGGGCACAAAAGAGAGAGAGAAGCACACUGCACACCACAUUGCCACAUAACACAACAUCGAAACCCUCUCUCCCUCUCCCUCUCUUCCAACCAUUCCGAAUGUGAACAAGUUGUUGUUGUUGAACGGUAUUAUAUAUAGUGUGUAGUGUGGUGGUUUUUUUUUUCUCUUCUUGAAGGUGCAAAAAUGAAUGAUGGUAGACAAAUGGGGGUGCAUUACGUAGACGCUGGGUUCCCUUAUGCUGUUAAUGAUAACUUCGUGGAUUUUUUCCAAGGAUUCACUCAUGUGCCCGUCAAUUAUGCCUUUGCUGGCUCAAUUCCUGAUCAGGAAAGUGUCUACUGGUCAAUGAACAUGAAUCCCUAUAAGUUUGGAUUGUCUGGUCCUGGGAGUACAUCUUACUAUAGUUCUUAUGAGGUAAAUGGUCAUUUGCCGAGAAUGGAGAUAGAUAGGGCUGAGUGGGAAUACCCUUCGACAAUUACCACUGUGGAAGAACCAGCUACAACAGAUUCUCCACCUAGAAGAGAUGGAGUCACGAGCAUGCAGACCAUCCCUGAAGAAUGCAGUCCAAAUCAUCAUGAGUCCAACAGUAGUAGCCAGGUCAUAUGGCAAGACAACAUCUAUCCUGAUGAUAUGACUUAUGAGGAACUACUGGACCUGGGGGAGGCAGUUGGGACUCAAAGCCGAGGUCUUUCCCAAGAACUUAUUGAUAUGCUUCCAACCUCAAAGUACAAAUUUGGUAGUUUAUUCAAGAGAAAAAAUUCUGGGAAAAGGUGUGUAAUUUGUCAGAUGACAUACAGAAGAGGUGACCAGCAAAUGAAAUUGCCAUGCAGCCAUGUCUAUCAUGGUGAAUGCAUCACCAAGUGGCUUAGCAUUAACAAGAAAUGUCCUGUUUGCAACACUGAGGUUUUUGGCGAGGAAUCAACGCAUUAGCAUCAAGAUGGCAAAAGAGGAUCCUUUUUGCUCUAUUAAUUUUUGCUUCUCAUCCAACUCACCCUCUCCCUCCCAUUCUCUUUUUUAAGUUUUAAUUUUUUACACGUAGGUAGGUGUAGUAUGAAGAACUAUGGCAGCUCUCACACAAUAUAUGUUUUGUUUACUAGAAACAACCUAUUGGAGUCGCAUCUUCUUGUGGUUAAUGUGUGAUUUUGUGUGUAUUCAUGCAAUAUAUAUUCUCUUAGCUUUUGUGCCCCUUCCUUUGGUAUUUGGGAUUGAAAAAUCUGCUUCUCAGCCAUUGACCAACAUAGAAGUGUUGAGAUUUUGGAGUAACAAUCUCAUGAGCAUGCUAAAUGGAUUGAAAAAGGAAAUGUGUGGAAUGCUCGGGGAUAUGGAGAUCUUAAUUUGAGAAAAGUGCAUGUUUCGAUAUCCAGUGAAAAAUUACUUGAAGCACAUCAGGAAUCUUAUUCUUGUUUUCA